GGACCAUCCACCAUUUAAGGCGCAAGAGAAGAGCUCUAUGUCAGACUAGAGCACAUAGCGUCCGGAACCUUUACGAAUCAGGUGCUCGUUUGCCGGAGGGACCGGAAAGGGCAGGGGACUCGAGCGCCCGACGAUGUGGGGAGGUUGUGGGCUGAGAGCCGCGAGGGGUCGCGCCCUGGGCCUAGCUGGGGUCAGGCGCGUGGGCAGAAAGGUCGAACCUCCUCGGGCAACGGGACUGGAAGGAAAGCAAACUAAUAGGACUCUACUGGUUAUACCUUGGCUAUUCAGUAACAAUGGAAUCAUGUGCUUAAAAUCUAACAAUAUAUCCUUUGCCUACUCAAAUAAAAUGAGAAGUCUCAGGUAUGUUGGAACAAGAUUCCAUAGCACUUCAACAACAGUGGAUCCAAAGGAGAUGAAAAUAUUUCAGGCUCUGGCCUUCAAAUGGUGGGAUGAGCAAGGAAUAUAUGCACCUCUUCAUUCUAUGAAUGACUUAAGGGUGCCAUUUAUUAGAGAUAACCUUUUGAAAAUGGUUGCUCGUCACCAGUUGGAAAGCCCUUUGUCUGGAAUGAAGAUUCUAGAUGUUGGCUGUGGAGGUGGAUUGUUAUGUGAACCUCUAGGGCGACUGGGAGCUUUAGUGACUGGAAUUGAUCCUUUGAAUGAGAAUAUUAAAACAGCACAGCAGCACAAAUCAUUUGAUCCAAUUCUGGACAAGAGAAUCCAGUACAAAGCAUGCAUCCUGGAGGACAUUGUGGAAGAAACUGCAGAAAGUUUUGAUGCUGUUGUAGCUUCAGAAGUUGUGGAGCAUGUAAAUGAUUUGGAAACCUUUAUUCAGUGCUGCUGCAAAGUAUUAAAACCUGGAGGCUCUUUGUUCAUCACUACAAUCAACAAAACACAACUUUCUUAUGCCUUAGCUAUUAUUUUUGCAGAACAAAUUGCAGGCAUUGUACCUAAAGGAACUCAUACCUGGGAGAAGUUUGUUUCACCAGAACAAUUAGAGAGCUUUUUAGAAUCAAAUGGUCUUUUGGUCCAGACAAUAAUAGGGAUGCUGUACAAUCCUUUCUCGGGCUACUGGAGAUGGACUGAAAAUACCAGCCUUAACUAUGCCACUCAUGCUGUAAAAUCCAGUGUACAAGCGGAAAAUGAAGAGCACCAUGCUAAGGCUCCUGGUGUACAUGGCAUGGGAGCAUCUCAGAAAUGAAUCAUUUAUGUACCUUUUAGUUAUGUUACUUGCUAGUCUAAUGCUUUUAAAUAUUAAAGUUUUAAAAAAUUAACUUUGUAGAAGGAAUCAUGUGGGAAAUGAAGAAAACGGGAGUAAAGUUUUAUUCAAAAUUAUAGUCAUCUUCAAACAUACCUGUUUUAAUAUUAAAAUCUUAGUUUUGAUAAAGUGAUAUAUAAGCUAGAGGAUUUUCUUCAGGUUGCAUGUCUUCUACCCCCAUUCUUAAAAAAUAUAAUCUUUAUUUACUUUAAAUAUUUCAUUUUAUAGAAAUCUUUACUAUAAAAACUUUGCCUUUAAUUUAAAAAAUUAUAUAUCAUAUUUCUCUUCAUUUAUUUUAUCUUUAAGCAGUUAAGCAACCGAGAGCACAAAUUGGCAGAUUUUUCCAGAUUACAUCCUUAAGUUAAAUGAAUGUUGUCUCAAUUCAUUGCAGCUGCUUCUUGCAACUUAGGGAUUUCUAAAAAAUUUAACUAAAUUUUUUUUUUCAGUGAACAAAAAAAAAUCUCUUUGUUCUCUCCCCUGCCUAUUGGGGGAAAAAAAAGAAAAACAAAGCCUUUGUAACAAAUGUGCAUAGUGAAGCAAAACAAAUUCCUUCACUGGUCAUGUGCAAAAAUACACAUCUAAAUUUGCACUUUCAGUCCAUGAGUUCUUGGUACCAUUGACCAAAGUUCUCCUCAAGUCUUUCAAAUUUGCUUGUUUUUACAGGGUGAUGUUAUUAAAUUGUUCUCCUGCUUCUGCUCAUUUUACUCUAGAUUAGUUCAUUCAUCUUCCCAGAUUUCUUUGAAAUUAUCCUUUUCAGCAUUUCUUCUGAUAUAAUAUAUUCCAUUAAAUUCAUAUGCCAUAAUUUGUUCAGCUAUUCCUCAAUUAACGAGAGCUUCUUCCCUCCCCCUUUCCAGUUCUCUGUCACUGUAAGGAACUGCUAUAUUUUUGUACAUAUGAGACUUGCUGGAAAAUAGGCACAUAGAUGCAUUGUUGAUAGAGCUAUGAAUUAGUCUAACCAUUCUGAAAAACACUUGGAAAUAUGCCCCUGAAGUGACUAAGCUGUGUGUAUUCUUUGACCCAGCUCUAUCACUAGGCCUAUCCCCAAAAGAGUUCAAAAGAAAGAAGGACCUAGAGAUUGUCAUAGAAGCCAAAAGCCAGUGAAGGAUGUUAAAUGCAAUCCCCUGUUAUUUGGCAUCUUUUCAUUCAUAUGAGGGAAAACCUUAUGACAACUUUAAAUAUGUAAGAGCAGUAUGCCUUGCUUUAUCACAUGACACAAGGAUAACACCUGAUCUCCAGAGGGGCAUGAUACAUCUGUGACUUAGACAUCUGGGUCUUGAGCUGAUUGUUGGCAGAAGAAGAGGAUGGAUGAUUAUGUGAAAAGCUCCCUCCUGACUCAAAAGCCACAUUAUUCUAGGCUCUUGUUCCUUCUCUGUUUGAUGUGGUUACCCCAAGGACAUUGCUCAAGAAGAUGGGAAAGGGCCAGGAGUUUGAUAGGAAAUGGCAAGGCCUUGUUUUAAUGCAAUUGAUCUCCCAUCUGUCUAUUACAAGUAGAUAGGUGCUAAUUGACCCAGAAGCUGAAAGUUUCCAGCAAGAAAAAGAAAGGGCCCAUGUCUGGUACAGAAACAGCCUAAAGAAAAAGGCUGGACCCCCAAAAUGAAAUUUUUUUUGGAGUACCACAGAUUUUCCUUUUUUUUAGAUAACAAUCAUUAUUUUUGUAUUAAAAUUAGGUUUAAACUUUUAAAAUCAAUAAGUUUAGAUACUAUUAGCUGCAGCUUUUUACAAAAAGCCCACAAAUGUUCAUUGCGACAAGUGAACUGUAUCUUUUUCUUAAAGGAGUUUUUUAAUACAGUUGUACAAAUUGCAUUUUUUUAAAAAGCAAAUUAAUUUUACUUAAAUCUAAUUUGUGUACAAAAGUUUCUUAAUAGUUACUCUUCAUUAGAUGUUACUAGUGAGUAAAAAAAUUCCUUUUGAAGUACCUUCUGAAUUAAGUAUAUAGGGUUCGAGGCUUGACCUGUGAUUUUAUUGCUUUGGGGAAUGCCUAAUUUCUUAACAGUGCGGUCUAACCUCUUAUCUGCAAUUUCUAGUUGGAGAUACCUACCUAGAGCAUGGAGAUGUUAAGCUAUUUGGUGAGGGUCCAGAGCCAGUAUGUUUCAGUGAGAGGACUUGAAUCCAGGUCUCCCUUACUUUGAGACCAGUUCACUAGCCACUACAUUAUUUGAUCUCUCAAAUAUUGUAUACUAAAAAAUAUACUUGGCAAAUGGACACCAAGAAAUAGCAUAAUGUCUGCUUAAUAGCACUAUGUAUAUGGUGAAGAAUGUCACAUCUAGAAGGUCAAUUUAUAGCUUUUCAUCACUUUAAGUUUUUAUAGCAAUGGAAUAAUAUUCAUGCACUUCAGUCUUUUGGAGAUGCUCAUAGAAUUUGAACUCUCUACAAUUAGGAAUCUUAUCUUAAUACUUAUAUUUGUGAGUCACAUUUGGCUUUUACUCUUAACUGCUUCCAUCUGCAGCCUUUCAGUAUAAUUUUAAAUGAGGUUAAAUCACUUUAACAUGAUUUUUUUUUCUUUAGCUAUAUACUACUAAAUUAGGAGAUUAAAAAAAAUAGAAGCGCUUACUUCCUUAUUGGUCCUUACUUGAAGUCGUGGUUCUUAAAUGGAAUAACUGCAAAAAUAAUGCCAAUAACAAAAAUAAUGCCAAUAACAAUAAUUAUCUAUUAUAUUUUAUUAAUUUAUUGCCAAUUUUGUUUUAUUUCAGUUUUAUAGAUGCCUUUUGUUUUAGAUCGCAUUCAUUUUUCAAUAUAUGCCCUUACUCAAUACAUUGACUUUUCUCUUGAAGCAGAGGAAAAAAGUUAAGCAAAACUAAUCAACUAAUCAACAGAAUAAUUUCUACAAAAUUCUUCAUGCAGAAUCCAGCUAUUCUGUCUAGGCAAGAGAUAUGUAAUUCAUCACUUUUUCUCUGAGACCAAUAUUAGUCACAGUAAUGAAUGAGUUUGGUUGUGUUUUAGAGUUAAUCUAUUUAUAUUAUUAUAGUAAGGUGUAUUGUUUCUGCUUCCUUCAUUCUGUAACAAUUCAUAAAUUCUUUCUGUUUCUCUGAA